CUUCUUCUGAUAAUAAUAAUAAUUCUUAUUAUUUCUGGCUUACAAUGUUGCCUUCGUUAAAGCUGUUUAAUCAAAUACCAUGUCCAGAUCUACCAGAUUGUAAUCGUGGUCCAUGCUUUUAUUCACAUUCAUUGCCUCCUGCACCAUCAAUCAAACGACGCAAGAUCAUCACCUCCACAAAAGCAUCUGUCGAUCGUCCAUUCAAAUUACCAAACGCACCAAACGCACCUAUUACACCAAAAAAGCCAGUAACCGAUAGACAUUUAACCAGUAGACCCACUCAAUCAGCAUCGACAUUAGCAAAACGGCCUAAUCCACAAACAUCAUCCACUCCACGUCCUGAACUCGUUCCUACAAACUCUAGAUCUCAACUUGUUGCACCCCCAUCUAUCUAUAAAACAACCCCAAAACCAAGUCAUGUAUCUACACUUGCUCCUUCCAAGAUUGCUACGACUAUGCACGGCCCACGACGAAUCGCACACGCAAAUACAACUGCCAAUACAGGUCCACCUGUGAUCCUUCCUAAUAUACGUUCCCACACGCCACUCAAGAUUAGACAGGUUACGGCAAACAAAAUAUACGAGAGUUUCUGCCGAAUUUACAAUGGGUUACAACCCGAUCUUGCCACCAAACACGCGACUGACCAAGAAGAUCAAAUCCACCAAAAGACCAUCAAUCCUGCUGGCUACAAACAGAUGGCCAUGACCGUCUUGAUGGGGUUAAAAAAGAGACCAGAGGCAACCGGACCAAAUGACAUUGGAAUUCAUGGCGAGUGGGUUGACCCAGGCGUGAUGGCUACAAAGAGCAUCGAGGCAGAGUCGAGAAAGUACUGUAUUCCAAAGGAAGAGCUAGAAGAGAUGGGUUAUCCACCCCUGGAGCUCUUGGAUAGUCCUGGUGGAGGUAUGGGGUCUAGUGUGCUGCACAAGAAAAUGAAGUGUGAUCGAUGCAACCGAGAUUAUAAAGUCAAGGAUGUCUUGGAACAAGUGGAUCAUACGCUGUGUUUGUACCACCAUGGCCGUAUGCGGAUGGUUAUGAAGUCAGGUGAAAAACAUAGAGUGUAUAGUUGCUGCGAAGAAUCAUACGGAAGCGAAGGUUGUGUCAAGGGGCCUCAUGUGUACAAAGAUGAAGAUUUUGAGACAAUGCACGAAAAGAUUGGCUAUGUUGAAACACCAGCUGCCAAUCCAUCAAAGCCUCGUACUGGCAUUGUAGCGUUGGAUUGUGAAAUGGGAUAUACAACAGCUGGCAUGGAGUUAAUCCGAUUAACAGUGGUGGGAGAACAAUCAAAGAUAUUGAUUGAUGAAAUCGUAUUACCAUCACAUAUGAUCAUCGAUCUCAACACGCGUUACAGCGGUAUAAAGACUCUAGCGGGUGUGAAACACAACCUGGAAAGCAUCCGAGCAGAGCUAUUUAAAUACAUUGAUAGUAACACCAUAUUGCUUGGACAUGGCUUGGAAAACGACAUGAAUGCUUUAAGAUUGAUCCAUCCCAAUAUCAUUGAUACAGCAGCACUCUUCCCACAUCCUCACGGACUUCCCUAUCGAUAUGGCCUGCGUGCUCUUUCUACACGUCAUCUCUCGAAAUUCAUUCAAGAAGGUUCAGACGGACACGAUUCUUUUGAGGAUGCCCAAACUUGUAUGGAGUUGUUGGAAGUCUUUUUGAAGAACAAAUCAAAGCAGACAAGAUAGUAUUAAAGGCUGAGGAGUCAUUAUCAUUUAAAGAAAUAAUAUCAGCACCAACUCCAACAGUAAAAGAAGAAGACGAAGAAUAUAGAUAGUAGAGAAUUGAUACUGGUACACCAAUAAUUUGUGUAUGUAUGUAUGUAUGUAUAUUAGAGAUAUUGAAACAAUAAAUAAAGUGCUUCAAUUAUUGUUC